AUGAAGGUGUUGGUUAUCGCAGCAACAUGGGUUUGGAGUGCCAUGGUCGGAGCAGCUGGGAAUCCCAAUACGUGCCCAGUAUCGAGACAAGAUGGAUUCGGUAGAGCACUGCGCUAUACGGUGGUGAAUUUUACCACUGUAGGUGCCACCAGGGAAAGUUACUCGGAGUUUCUGCAAGCUAUACGAGGCCAUCUGACAAGUGGAAAUUUGAGUCAUGAAAUACCAGUGAUGCGUAACCGAUCUACAGUUCCUGAUCCUGAGCGAUUUCUUUUGGUGGAGCUCUCAAAUUGGCAAGGGUUAUCGAUCACACUAGCAAUGGAUGUCACCAAUGCAUAUCUGGUUGCUUAUCGGGCAAGUGAUCGGUCCUACUUCUUCCAUGAUGCUCCUCGGCCAGCAUCUUCUAAUCUUUUCCCUGGCACAGAACGUCACAACUUUUCAUUCGAUAGUAACUAUAUAAAUCUUGAAAGACGAGGGGUACAUCGAAUGGCAAUAGACCUAGGAAUGUCAGCUUUCGAUGAAGCCAUCACGACCUUCUAUUAUUGGAGGAGCAGAAUAAAUACAGAAGACACCCUUGCUCGUUCCUUUUUGGUUUUCAUUCAGAUGAUUCCUGAAGCAGCACGAUUCAGAUAUAUUGAGCAAUCCGUGGGUCGCAGCAUUGUAGACAGAAGUACCUCUCUGCCAAACCAGGCCAUGCUGAGCUUAGAAAACAAUUGGGGAGCUCUCUCCUCUGCAAUCCAACAAUCCAAUCAUGGAGUCUUCAAUAAUACAACAGUUCAAUUACGAAGACCUGACGGUACAUUUUUCAACGUGGACAGCGUAACUAGAAGCUUAAUUAGCAACCUAGGAAUCCUAGUAUUCGCACGCAGAAACGCCCGAUCAUCUCGAUUUAGAAGUUCUAUUGAUGCUGAUUACGACAACAAUAUUUGUCCUGAGACAGAGCCCACGAUUCGCAUCAGUGGUAGAAAUGGUCUAUGUGCCGAUGUAAAAUAUGGAGCAUAUGAUGAUGGAAAUCCGAUACAAUUGUGGCAGUAUUGCGAUAAGGCUGUGGAAAUGGAUGCUAAUGUCCUCUGGGAAGUGCACGAAGACGGAUCUAUCAUAGAUCCUCGUUCAAAACUAGCCUUGAGCACGUAUUCAGGGAAUACUGGCUCCAAUCUCACUAUGGCGACCAACAAGUACGCCUCCAGUCAGGGCUGGCUGGCCAGCAACAACAGAACGCCUUUCGUCACCUUCAUUGUUGGGUUUAAGGAUUUAUGCUUAGUACAGGGAAAUAGAAAGGCCCUUUGGUUAGUUUGGUUAGCAGAAUGCGAUAGUGAUCGGAUAGAACAACAAUGGGCUCUCUAUGCAGAUGGCUCUAUACGACCUCAACAAGAUCAGAACAUGUGCAUCAGCUGCAAUACCUAUAAUCAACAAGGAAGCAUCGUCUUCAUCUUCUAUUGUACUGGUUCUUCUCAACAACGUUGGAUGUUUAAAAAUGAUGGCACAAUUUUGAAUUUGUUCAAUGGACUCGUGAUGGAUGUGAAGCGUUCCGACCCAAACCUUGAAGAAAUCAUCAUUUGGCCAUCCACUGGAAACCUCAACCAGAAGUGGCUUCCAUUGCCUUUUGAUACAUAA